UUCAUUCUUUUGAAUAUAAUAAAGUACCGAAGAAUGGGUAUCUGCAUAUCCGCUGAAUCUUCAGUGAUUCAUGGGGCGCCUGAAGAAGCUCGGGAUGAAAAUGUAACAGUGUUUAAAGCAAGCAAUGUUCUAAGUGGGUCUGAGGGACUUUGCUCCGUUUACUCUAAACAAGGUAGCAAAGGACUCAACCAAGAUGCUGCUACACUUUGUCAGGAUUACGGGACGGAAGACGCAGCAUUUUGUGGAGUUUUUGAUGGGCAUGGAAGGAAUGGUCACAUGGUGAGCAAAAUAGUAAACACCCGUUUGUCUUCACUCAUACUGAACCAAAAGAAUCCAAAUGUGAAGGUUGAUACAGUAGAAGAUGAUUGGGGUUCAAACAGGAAUUUUAAAGAAUGGAAAGAAGCUAUUACUUGUGCUUUCGGGGUGAUGGACAAGGAGGUGAAACUACAAGAGAAUAUAGACAGCUCUUGCAGUGGAACUACGGCUGUUGUUGUCAUAAAACAGGGUGAAGAUCUUGUGAUAGCUAACCUUGGCGACUCAAGAGCAGUCUUGGGGACAGUCUCUGACGGUGAAAUCAUACCUAUUCAAUUGACCACGGAUAUGAAACCGGGAUUACCUCGCGAAGCCGAUCGAAUAAGAAGUUGCAACGGUCGUGUAUUUGCUCUUAGGGAAGAACCACACAUCCAACGAGUGUGGUUACCCAAUGAGAACUCCCCAGGCCUAGCCAUGUCUCGAGCUUUUGGAGAUUUCAUGCUAAAAGAGCAUGGGAUCAUCGCUACGCCAGAUAUUUCGCAUCACGCUCUCACAUCCAGUGACCAAUUUGUUGUGCUUGCAAGUGAUGGGGUGUGGGAUGUACUAAGCAACGGAGAAGUUUCCUCAAUUGUGUGGAAGGCAGAUACCGAAAAGGAUGCAGCAAGGGCAGUAGUGGAUGCAGCAACCGCAACAUGGAAACGAAAGUAUCCUUCGUCAAAGGCAGAUGACUGCACCGUGAUUUGCCUCUUCCUGAAAAAGAAACCACUGCAUGUUGUUGGUUUGACUGGAUGA